UAUCAAACUGAACCAUAUAUCAGUAAGCAAAAUCAAAUUAAAGUCAAAGUCAAAUUCACUAUAUAAAUAUCAGUAAAUAUGUCGUGGUUUAGCGGAAACGUAUCCACUGUGGAAUUGGAUAAUAAAAUCUCAGAAGCCACUUCGGAAUCCAUCCCCAAUGGAGAAUUAGAACUUUCUAUAGCCUUAGAGAUAACUGAUGUUAUUAGAAGUAAAAAGAUUCCGGCUAAACAAUGUAUGAGAGCACUUAAAAAGAGAUUAACCCUUAUUUAUAGUAAUCCAAAUUUAUUAACUUCAACUUUAAAAUUAAUUGAUUUAUGUGUUAAAAAUAGUGGAUAUCAUUUCUUAGUUGAAAUUGCUUCAAAGGAAUUUUUAGAUUAUUUAAUUGAUUUCAUAUUUAAAGUUCAUUAUAAUACUAAAGAUUUUGAAGUUACUAGAAAUGAAUCUAAAUUAAGUGUUGGAAAUUUAAUUUUAUCAUUAGUUAAAGAAUGGUCAAUUGUAUUUGAAAAUCAAUUACAAUUAAAUUAUGUGGAGAAAUGUUAUAAUCAAUUAGUUAAUGAAGGUUAUACAUUUCCUCAAGUUAAUGAUGUAUCUCAUCAAUUGAAUAGUAAAUUUGUUGAUUCAGAAGUUCCUCCCGAUUGGGUUGAUAGUGAUAGUUGUAUGAUUUGUUAUACACCAUUUUCAAUGAUUAAUAGGAAACAUCAUUGUCGAGCAUGUGGAGGAGUUUAUUGUCAAACUCAUUCAAGUAAUUCUAUACCUUUACCAGGUUUAGGAAUCUUAGAACCUGUAAGAGUUUGUGAUAAUUGUUAUGCUAAACAGAAAUCAAAAUCUGGUAAACAUAAGAGAGAAGAAUCUCAUGGUUCUUUACCUUCAGCACCAUCUGGUCCAGUCGAUGAUGAAGAAGAACAAAUAAGAAGAGCCAUAGAAUUAAGUUUGAAAGAUACAGGUGUACAAUAUAGUGCACCUCCAAAUCCUCCUCCUAUUCAAUCUAUUCCUGAUCCUGCUCCAGCUGUUUCAACUUCAAAUCCAGAUGAAGAAGAAGACGAUGAAAUGAAGGCUGCUAUUGCGGCUAGUUUAAAGGAAUAUGAAGAACAAGAACGAAUCUAUAAACAAAGAAAUCAAUUCCAACAACAGCAACAACAACAACAACCAAUACCACAACAAUCUUUUCAACAGAAUGCUUAUGAACAAGAUCAAUCAGACUUUUAUAAUAUUUCCAUUCCUACAACUAAUGCUCCUACUCAAACCUCCCAACCAUACCCUAUCAUUUCACCUAGUCAACAUAUUGAACAGCAUCAAACUCCAAGAGAAGACUUAUCACAACAAGAAGAAGAACAAAUUAAUUUGUUUGUAACUUUAAUGACUAAUUUAAAGAGUGAUCCAACUAAGCAAGGAAAUAUUCUUUAUGAUACAGACUUGAGUGAAUUACAUGCUAAAGUAAUUAAGUUAAAACCAAAAGUAAACAAAUCUUUACGCUCAUCUAUCGAGAGAUAUGAAGCAUUCUUAGAAAUGAAUAAUAAAAUCUCUACCAUAACGAGAUUAUAUGAUCAAUUUUUAGAGGCUAAGUUAAAUUUAGCUUAUGGUAAUCAUCAUAUUUCACAACAACCACAACAACCACCACAAAAUAACUAUUAUACUUCUGCUCCUAGAAACCCAUAUGGUCAAGAUUAUUCCAUACCCCAACAAACUACGGGAUAUAUCGACAGUCAACUGACUGGAUAUAAUCCUGGAAUUCCUCAACAAACAACUGGUUAUAGCGGUGUACCUGAAGUUUCUCAACAAACAACUGGUUAUAUAAAUGAACCUGUACCUAGACAAAGUACAGGUUAUCCAUCAGCGCCAUACAUUAAUGAACAAGUUGAAGAACAAGAACAGCAACCACAACAACAAGAAAUACAACAAUCAAGUGAACCUAUCGAGUAUGGUAGUGUGCCAGCAUACCCUAGUUAUCCACCCCAGCCAUAUUCUGAACCUUCUGAACCGACUCCAGUACAACAACAACCUAAUUAUUCAUACGAACAGGCUGGAUCAUACCCUACUCAGCAAUACGAAGAUCAAACCAAUUCCAAUUCAAAUUCCAAUCCUAAUCCUAAUUCUAAUUACUCACAACCAACUGAACCAGACUAUGCUAGUUAUCCACGUGAUGAACUCAAUAGAGAUAACAAUAAUAAUUUACUGGCAUAUCCAUCGGGUCCAACUGAAGAAAUUCAAAAUUUGGCACCACCAACUGAUCCAUUUGUUAGAAGACAAUCAACUACCCUUAGUCCAGAAGAAGCUAGCAAUAGAUUUCCUACCAUUGAAACUGUAGAAAGUGAUUAUAAUAAACAAACACAAUCACAAACACAAUCACAAUCACAACUUCCUUCAUUACCUACUAUGCCUUCAAUGCCAACUUUUAAAGAUGACCAACCUACCACUUCUAAACCUACCAAAUAUGUAGCAGAACCUGAACCUCUCAUUGAUUUAUAGUGAUUGUUAAAUGAAAUAAAUGAAAUAAGUGAUACUAAUUUAUAUACAAUUUGCAGUAAUUUAACAGUAAUGCCUCUCUGCCUGCAUACAGGAUUGCAAAAAAAAAACUACACGCCAAGGCGAAACUCCGCGACAUCGCAGCAAUAUACGAGAAAAAGUUUUUCAAUUAUACUUAUACAUAUAAUUA